AUGUUUGAAAUGAAAUUACCGAUGAAAAAAACCACAAAUGGUGUCGAGACAGUACCUGGAUUUCUAUCUCCUCUUCAGAUCCUGACUUGGGCAACCGGGCCGUAUAAUUUAAACUAUACAAGAUUUGAUUUAUGUUCAGGGCCUAAGGCCAAGAAUUUGACUGAAAUCGGAUUUUCUAUGAGUUCUGAAGGAUUCACAUUUAUCGCUCAUGUCAAUUUAACAUUCUUUGGCCCUACCCAAAUAGAGGAGGUGAAAAUAGUUGUAUACUCAAUGAAAAACAACAAAAUGAGUAAUGUGCUUUGGACGUACAAAUUAAAUGAUCCCUGCAAGCAUUAUGCUUUAGCUACAAUGAUAAAUACUUUAUUAAAAGCACCGAAUUGUAUCGUAAAUAAGGGAAAAUAUAUUCGUGUUUUAAAUUUCGAAGAAGUUCAUACAUUAUUUUUUGGUACAUCCUUCUUUUAUGGUGAAUUCCUUUUGAAGACAACUGUAAUUUCGAAGAAAGGCAACAUCUUGUGUUUGAAUUUGGGUUUGUGGUUCACUAAGAAAUCUAAUAAUAACUAG